AACACGGGAGUUUCCUUGUUAGAAAAAGCUAAGAGCACGCAGUCGUAGCACUGUGGGGGAAUCUGAAUUUGACACAGAAUAUAGGAUAUUUGUAUAUUUUUGGGUAAUUUACAAUACGUGAGGUUUCAAAAUGUAUUUUGUCGUAGUUUUGCUCUUGUUUAGGACACUUUCAACGGUGAACAGUGAGACAUGGUCGCUGAGCUACAUCUACACUGCCCUCUCAAAGCCAGUUGAAUUGCCUGGUAUCCAUGAAUUCACUGCCAUGGGUCUGUUGAAUGACAAACAGAUUGAUUACUAUGACAGUGUGGCAAAGAAGAAGAUUCCCAAACAGGACUGGAUGAGGGAGAAGCUGCCAGCAGACUACUGGGAAAAAGGCACUCAGUCACGCAAGAGCAAGGAGCAGUGGUUCAAAGUCAACAUCAACAUCCUGAUGGACCGCAUGAGGCACAACAACACUGAUGUCCAUAUCCUUCAGUGGAAACAUGGCUGUGAGAUUGACAAACAGUCAGACGGCACAUUGAAAUUCAUAAAGGGCACUGACCAAUACAGCUACGAUGGUGAUGACUUCCUGGCCUUUGAUGAUGCCACUAUGCAGUGGGUGGCACCAGUCGAUCAAGCUCUGCCGACUAAGAGGAAGUGGGACGGGGUGCAGAUCCUCAACCAGUACACCAAGGGCUACCUGGAGAAGGAGUGUGUGGACUGGCUGUCCAAAUUCAUGAAAUAUGGAGACAAAGAAUUCAGGAGAGCUGACUCCCCUCCGAAGGUCUAUGCAUUUGCUAAAAAAGCCAAAACUGCAGGACAUGUCCGACUGACCUGCAUGGCCACAGGUUUCUAUCCCAAAGAUGUACUAAUGUAUAUUAAGAAGAAUGGCGUCCAAUUGACCAAACAAGAUGGAGUGCAGUCUGACGGAGUCUUACCCAAUGAUGACGAGACCUACCAGAUCAGGAUGAGUGUGCAGAUUCCAGAGGCAGACAAGGAAACUUAUGAAUGCUUUGUCAACCAUACAAUGUUGAAUGUGCCAAUUUGGGUCAAAUGGGAUGGAAAAUGCUGUGAUUGUAGCCAAGUCACAGUUGUUGUCAUUGUUGCUGUUGUUCUGGUUGUCCUCAUAGUAGCCUUGGUUACCUCACUGUUGGUUCUUUGGAAGAAAGGCAAAAUAUGUGCUGGUAAUACAGGAGCUCUACCACCUACUAAGGUCCAGGCCUCUCUAAAUGGCAAUGGAAAUGGAGCGGCCAUUUUGAGCAUGCCUGUGACAACAGAUGGCGCUAGCAGCACUUCCUCGGACUCUGGUCAAGGCAGCAAUGAACGUCUAGAGAGGGAGGCAAUGCUGACAAAUGAAGUGAAAACAGAGGGCGCUAGCAGCACUUCCUCGGACUCUGGUCAAGGCAGCAAUGAACGUCUAGAGAGGGAGGCAAUGCUGACAAAUGAAGCCAUUGGGGAGUGACUGACAACACAUUCAAAUCCAGCAAAGAACGUGUGAUUUUGCUUUGUUAACAAAUAUUGUCAAUCUAGAUGUGGUCAUUCCCAAGCAUUAAUAAUUUUGAUCCGAUUGGCUUGGAUAUGAAAAACGUAUUUAUUAACAUUUUGAUCUUUUGAAUAUCGUAGUGGAAUUCCUUGUUUGAAUAAAAUUUACCAAAUUAUUUUUCAACAAAUAGAUUGGUAAAUCCAUCAAUAUGUUGAACAUUUUAAUUGAUUGGUAUUGGAACCAUUAGGCUAUUUCUAUUGUAGAUUGAAAUGAUUGGUUUCUAGUUUAAAAAUAAUAUUUUUUUGCGCACACACACACACACACACACACACUGAACUGCUUUUAAAAUAUGUUUUGUUUUUGUUUUUUAUGGAAAGUAUAAUAAAUAAAUAAUUAAUAAAGGACUGCUUUGAACCAA